CAUUCAUUCACAUUUAUCAGAAUAGCAUCUUCAUUUUUUAUUCUCUCCCUCUCACAUGGCUUCAUCAACAAAUAUUCUAGAGUUCAGCCAAGUUUCACCUGCCUAUGACUCACCUGAGUCGGCCACCGAGUUCUCUCUCCCUCUCACCUUUUUUGACAUAUUUUGGUUAAAAUUUCCACCAGUUCAACGUUUAUUUUUCUACAAACUCACCGAUCCAUCAGCUACGCCAGCUUUCUUCAACACGGUAAUCUUACCUAAUCUCAAGAACUCCCUUGCUCUCACUCUCUUCCACUUUCUUCCCCUCGCCGGCCGCCUCACCUGGCCACCAAACUCUCCUAAACCCAUCAUCCUCUACACUCCAAACGAUGGUGUACCGCUCACCAUCGCCGAGUCCGACUCCGACUUGGAUCGUCUCUCGAGUAAUGAAAUCCUUGAUGCUAUUGAGUUGCAUCCUUAUGUACCCGAGUUACCAAUAUCUGAAACUACAGCUUCUAUACUUGCUUUGCAAAUCACUUUCUUUCCAAACAAAGGGUUUUGCAUCGGCUACUCUAUCAACCAUGCAGUUCUUGAUGGUACAAGCAUAACCUUGUUUAUGAAAUCCUGGGCUUAUAUAUCUAAACAUGGUGAAAAAGGGAAACAAAACCCUUCUUUAUUGCCUGAAGAACUUGUUCCAUUCUAUGAUCGAAGUGGUUUCAAAGACCCACUAGAGCUUGGAAAUCUGUUCUUGAGCCAGUGGGAGUCAAUAACCGAGUCUGAGACCAUGGGUAAUCCUCGAAGCCUGAAGCUCAUAGCUCAAUUAGGAGGAACGGUCGACAAGGUCCGAUCCACAUUCCAGUUAACUCGUGAAGAGAUAAACAAACUCAAGAACAAUGUAUUGUCUCAACUGGAAAAUCCAAUUCAUGUGUCCACUUUUGUGGUCACUUGUGCGUAUGUAUUGGUUUGCAUGGUAAAAGCCAGAGGAGGAGAUGGAAAUAGAAUGGUCUGGUUCCUAUUUACCGCGGAUUCCCGGAGACGUUUAGAUCCUCCACUUCCAGCCAAUUACUUUGGCAAUUGUAUUGCUUCUCCUGACGUUGUUACAGAAGCAAGAUAUUUCAUGGCAGAAAAUGGGUUCUUCAAUAUUGCAAAGAGGAUAAGUGGAGCAAUAGAGGGAUUGAAGAAGGGAUUGUUUCAAGGAGAAGAUGAUAAGCUAUUAAGUUUGAAAAGUAAUGUUAGAAGUGAAGUGCAAGUGAUUGGGCUCGCUGGAUCGACCAAGUUUGAUGUUUACGGGUGUGAUUUCGGGUGGGGCAGACCAAAGAAGGUGGAGAUAAUCUCCAUAGACAGGACCGGAGCAAUUUCUUUGACAGAGAGUAAAGAUGGAAAUGGAGGAGUUCAGAUUGGUUUGGCCUUGAGUGGGGAUGAAAUGGAAGCUUUUGCUUCUUUAUUUGUUGACGGCCUCAAACAUCUUUAAUGGUUGCUUACCGAUCGAGAGAGCAGAAAUAGCAGCCUUUAGGGGAGGACUCCGGUGAACCCAAUUCAGAUGAUCAGAAGGCUAAUUUUCUUCAAGGAAAAUCUUUUGAGAAUGGACUUGUAUUUGUAAUUUAGUCUGAAUUUGCUGGAAGAAAUAAAAAGUUGUAAUGUAAUAAAAAUGUAAUUGGG